CGUACAGAGUAGGUAAUAACGUCAAAGUCGCUCCGGUGGCCUCAAGGGGAUUCGAAUCCGGUAUCGGGUGCAAGUUUAGGCGCACCUUAACCACUGGGCCAAACCCUUGAGACUGAUGUUCACAUAGUUUGGAAGACAUGUCAGAAAUCAUACCGUUUGGUAGGAAGGAAUGGAAAUUUGAAUGGAAUAAAAUCGGCUUAAAUUCCUUAUUUCAGGCCAAAAUCUGUUCAUUGUCCUCUCUCGUCCUCUCUCUCACUGUCAUGAAAGCUUCCAUAUCUGAGAUAGCAAUAAGAGUAAGCCGAGCACUGAUCUCUGCAUCAUCUUCAUCAGCUUCAACUCCAACCCUGCGAUCCCUUAAAUGGGCUCCCACGCUCGAGCAGACCCUCCACCGGGAGCUCACUCUCUCUCAGCUCACCCCUCAGCUCGUCUCCGCCGUCAUCGACCCGUUUCUCCUAACACACCACUCACUCGCCCUCGGCGUCUUCAACUGGGCCAGUCAGCAGCCCAACUUUGUCCAUGACUCCCUCUCCUACCGGUCCAUCCUCAAGUCUCUCUCCAGUUCCCGCCAUUUCGCCUCCAUUGAUAGAAUACUGAAACAGGCGAGGUCUGAGAGGGUGGUUCUUGAUUCUUCUGUCUACGGCCUUGUCAUUGCUGUGUAUGUUAGGAACAGGAGGAUCCACAUCGCAAAAUUGGUUUUCGACGAGGCUAGGAGGUUGAAUUUGGGAAUCGGAGCUGACGUCUAUAACUUGGUCUUGGCCGGUUUGGCUUCGGAUGGGCAAAUGGAUAGCGCACUCAAGGUGUUCGAUGAAAUGCUCGCUAGGGGCGUUUGUUUUAGCACUCUCGGGUUCGGGGUUUUCAUGUGGAAUUUUGUCACGGAGGGGGAGUUAGGCAGGGUUUUGAGCAUGAUAGAUGAUGUUAUAAGGGGCCCCAGUUCGGGGACCAUUGACGGGUCGAUUUUGGCAGGUUUGGUGGUGCACGGUCUUUGCCGGGCAUCACGGGCUUUGGAUGCUUCUCAAGCUCUGGAUGAGCUGCGGAGUAGAGGAUGGAAGCCUGAUUUUGUGGCCUACAGGGUUGUUGCUGAAGCAUACAGAGAAUCAGGGAAUGUGGUUGCAAGGGAGUCAAUCCUGAAGAAGAAGAGGAAGCUCGGUGUAGCCCCGAGGGCACAUGACUAUGGUGAAUUCAUCCUAUCCUUGAUUUCCGAGAAACUGAUAUACGAAGCCAAGGAAUUGGGUGAAGUUCUUGUGAGUGGCAACUUUCCAGUCGAUGAGAACGUUCUCAACACAUUGGUAGGAACCAUCUCAGGUUUAUAUCCUAGUUCUGCACUGGAAUUCGCUGAAUUCAUGAUGAGAAGUGGGAACUUCCCAACUACUCUGACGCUGACCAAUUUGAGUCGGAACUUAUGCAAGAACGGGAGGAUCGAUGAACUGCUGCAGGUUUAUCAGGCACUCGACUCAAACGGUUAUUUCAAAGAUGUCAAUAGUUACGGUCUGAUGGUCUCAUUCUUGUGCCUAUCUGGAAGAGUGAAGGAAGCCUAUGGGGCGCUUAAGGAGAUGAAGAAGAAGGGAUUGAACCCUCCUGUGGAAUUGUACAAUUCUAUCAUGGAAGCGUGUUGCCGGGAUGAUCUUAUACGACCUGCCAAAAGGCUGUGGGAUGAGAUGUUCUCCAGUGGGUGCAAUGGGAAUUUGAAAACUUAUAGCCUCCUGAUCAGGAAGUUGUCGGAGAUAGGCGAAGUGGAGGAGGCUCAGAGGCUUUUCCAUCACAUGCUGUUGAAAAGGUUGGCGCCUGAUUCCACAAUCUACAGAUCCCUGAUCGAAGGCCUCUGUCGAGAAAUGAAGUUCGAGAUUGCCCUCGAGGUUUUUGAGCAGUCUCUUCAACAGGACGCAUCUCUUGCUGAAAGUCACUCCUGUUUUUUCGUCACACACCUCUGCCAAGAAGGUAAAUUUCUUGCUGCCUCGAGAGUACUUCGCAGCAUUUCUUGUGAUAGGAGCAGCUUAGAAUCCCAUGUGAGGUUUCUCAAGCGUUUAACAGAGUCGAGGGAACUCGAGAUUGCCCUCAAACACAUAGGUUGGGUGAAGGAGACUGAGCCGUCAAUGUUGCAGCCUGUUUUAUCUGAGCUAGCGGCGUCUCUUUAUUCUUCUGCCUCUGGCUCUAGACAAGCGGCAAUCCAAGAGCUGAUUGCUAUAAUACAAGAAAAGUUUUCGAGUUCAUCAUAGGAUUGAAACUGGUCAGACCAUUUGACAGUAUAGAAGCUCACAAUUUCAGCAUAGAAGUGCUUCUUCUGAUUUUCUUGAUUGUUA